GGUGUAGCACGAUACGACGAUAUUCGUAGGAAAUGCUGUUCCACCGACAAGUCGGUAAAGUCGCGACCACAUCCUCACGCAUCUCCCAUUUCGCCGUGCCGUCUGUAGCAAAAGCAUACCUCCGACUGAGACGAAACAUGGCUAGCAGUGCCACUCCAGCUGUCGAUACAGCUGUCGCGACGUCGAACAAUGCACCAGCUCCAUCCUUGGCGGCUGAAGACAACAGCUUUGUCACCCCUGUUACUGUCACGACUUGCGACGAAUCACAAUACAAGCAGCAGCUUUGCGUAAAAUUGGAAAAGCUGCGUGAGCUCUUCAAGGAGUUCGACCCUCCGGAGGUGGAGGUGUUCGAGUCUCCUCCCAGCCACUACCGCAUGCGCGCCGAGUUCACAGUGGAGCAGCGCGAGGGCCGCCUGCACUUCGUCAUGUUCGACAACUCCCCCGCACCACCACCACCGCCACCCCAACCUGACAC